UCGGAAGGAUGGAUCCAAAGACAUGAAAUCUGACACUUCGCACUGUAGCGUUGUCUCCGUCACGUCAAGAUGUCCUCAAAAAUCCUCCUGAUUUCUUGUGGCGUCUUUAUAACCAUUUUUUCACAAAUUGUAACAUCCCAGACMCGAGCAUUUUCAAAGAAUCCCGAAGACCUAGAAUUGUUGGUGUUAACGAUAGCUACCGAAGAGACAGAUGGUUAUAAGCGGUUCAUGAGAUCAUGCAGGCAUUAUAAUCUGUCUGUUAGAGUGAUUGGUAUGAAUGAGGAAUGGCGAGGUGGUGACGUACAGCGUGAUCCCGGCGGUGGUCAUAAGAUCAACAUGAUGAAGAAAGUUAUUGGUGAAUACAAGAACAAAAAUAACUUGGUGCUYAUGUUUUCAGAUAGUUAUGAUGCAGUAUUUCUUGCAAAUGCCAAAACUAUCAUCAAGACAUUUUUGGGGUUUGAUAAACAAAUGGUGUUCUCAGCUGAAGGAUUUUGCUGGCCCAACAGAUGGCUUGUGGAUAAGUAUCCAGAAAUCUCACAUGGAAAAAGAUAUUUAUGUUCUGGAGGRUUUAUUGGCUUUGCACCAGUUUUCCAUGAUGUUGUCACAGAUACAGAAAUCAACGAUGAAGAUGACGACCAGCUUUAUUAUACCAAUCUUUACCUUGACGAGAAGAAGCGAGAAAAGUAUAAGAUGGCUCUUGAUCACACCACAAAAUUAUUUCAGAACCUCAAUGGGGCAGAAGGACAAUGAACUACCAACAGUGAUGAUGGCRAUAUUCAUUCCAUACGCAACUCCAUUUAUGCCUGAAUUCUUUAARAAGAUUGAAAAAAUUGACUACCCAAAGAAGCGCAUUGAUCUGUAUAUUCAUAACAUGGUUGAAUAUCAUUCCAAUCAUGUUGCUGAUUGGCUGAAAGGAGGUGCAAARGGAUUAUACAAAACAGUUACAAACAUUGGUCCACCAGCGUUUACAGACUCCGGCGAGAAGGAAUUUAUAGCAAGAAACAAAAUAGUGGAAGCAGCAUUAUCAAGUGGAGAUGACUACCUCUUCUAUGUCAGCUCUGAGGUCUCAUUCACUAACAAAGACGUCUUAAAGAUCCUUAUAUCACAAAACAGGGUUUCAGCCAAGGAUUGGGAAGAAAGAUAUCUACAUCCAAACUAUUCUCAAAACUUGAAUGAAAGCAUUCCUAUCGAACAGCCAUGCAAUGAUGUGUUCUGGUUCCCACUUUACUCUGAGACAUGGGCAAAACACAUGAUUGAAGAAAUGGAGAAUUAUGGGCAAUGGUCUGGAGGGAAAAAUGAAGAUGCACGUUUGGCUGGUGGUUAUGAGAAUGUCCCUACAGUYGAUAUACACAUGAACCAGGUUGGAUAUGAAGCAGAAUGGCUGCACACACUCAAGAAGUAUGUCGUCCCUAUCAAUAAUCGACUUUUCCCUGGAUAUUAUUCAGAUGGUCGUGCAAUAAUGAACUUUGUGGUUAAGUACACACCAUCAGGACAGUACUAUYUGCGUCCACAUCAUGACUCCUCUACGUACACAAUCAAUAUUGGACUAAAUCGUCCAGGAAUUGAUUAUGGGGUAAGACAUGAUGUAUUAACAUUCUUAGCCUGUGUACGUAGGUUCCCACCACUCCCCCUGUGGGGAAAAUUCCUCACCGAAUCUUCCCUGCAGGGGGAGGGGUGGGAGCAGAUGUAUGCAGCAGGCUUUGACAUUCUUUAUAUAGGAAAUGACUACCAUGAAGGUCUACCAACAACUUGGGGCACUAGAUAUAUCAUGGUCUGUUUUAUUGAUCCUUGAACAGAGCACUGGACAGUUUUUUAUCUAUAAAUUUUUAUAUGAAAAUGAUGAUGCUUAACAGGCAAUAAACAGAGUAAAAUAAUAUUAAGAUAUUAUUAAAGAUGGAUAUGAAGACAAGUCUGCCGAARAGGAUAUGCAUUUCAAUAAUUGCUAGUUUUAGGAAAAGGUGUACAUUUGCUUUAAAGCAAGAUCAUGGCAGUUUGCAAUGAUAGAUACUUGUGAACAAUUUUCCUGAGCAUGAAAAGAUAUCAUGUCAAUAAAAUGGUUAUGGUUGCAUAGUUACCUUUCAGACUGGCUCAGAAACUGACAAUAGUUCUGUCAUUUUAUCAAUGACCAAUAAAUUGUUGCAGCGAAAAAGA